GUUUUCAACACCAUUAUUAUUAAGAACUAUUCCUAUUAUAUAACCCCCACCUACAUCCCCAUUCAGUGUAUCUAUCAUCUUCAACCUCUUUAACUUCCAGAUCAAAAGCUUAGAAACUGUCUUAGACUUCUAUUCUUUCCCAUGGCGUCUGCAAGUUUUCUGAAAGCCAUUUCUUCUCUGUAUCUCUCCAAUCCAAUCAAGUCUGCUUCACCUUCUCAAACCCAAAGAUUGUUGGGUUUCAAUCUCUCACACUCCUUCCCUACCCUCAAAUCCACACCAACCCACCAAACCUUCUCAAACUCGAAGAACUUCACCACCGAAGCCUUCUUCGGCCAGAAGCAGAAGACUGCAGAGCCCUCUUCAAGACCCACAAAAGUUCAAGAGCUAAAUGUGUAUGAGAUGAAUGAGCGAGACAGAGGCAGCCCUGCAUACUUGAGAUUGAGCAAGAAAGAAGUCAACUCACUCGGAGACCUAGUCCCAUUCAGCAACAAGAUCUACUCCGGUGACUUGGAAAAGAGGCUGGGGAUCACAGCAGGCAUAUGUGUGCUGAUCCAAAACGUGCCGGAGAAGAAAGGGGACCGGUACGAGGCAAUCUACAGCUUCUACUUCGGGGACUAUGGCCAUAUUUCAGUUCAAGGAGCCUAUUUGACCUAUGAGGACACCUACUUGGCUGUGACUGGUGGAUCUGGUAUCUUUGAGGGUGUGUAUGGACAGGUGAAGCUGAAGCAGAUUGUGUUCCCCUUCAAGCUGUUUUACACGUUUUAUUUGAAGGGUAUUGCUGAUUUGCCGGCUGAGCUUACCGGGAAGCCGGUAGCGCCGUCGCCUACCGUUGAGCCGUCUCCGGCGGCCAAGGCCACAGAGCCUCAAGCAACUGUUAAGAACUUCACCAACUGAGAGUGGAAGGUGGAACUUCAAAAUCUAAAUUUUUGUGAUGUAUUUUCCAUUUAGUGCUAGAUUUGGGGUCUCUUCAUCCCCUGUGUUUUUGUUUAUGUAUUUGAGAAACUUCAGCCUCCAUCAAGUUAAAAUUACAGUCUAGUAUGAAUACUAA